AUGAACCCAGGGCUAUUGGAAUCGGUAGUAUCACUCAAACACGAUGAUGAAGAGCAACGCUUUAGGAUACUACGAUCCAAGUAUCUAUCAGUCUACCUUGUUGUCAUGGGGGCUGAUUGGCUUCAAGGACCCUACCUCUAUAAGCUAUACCAAUCAUCAUAUGGUCUAGAUCUUGUACAAAUUGCUUCGCUGUUUCUAACAGGCUUCAUGAGCGGGGCCAUUGCCGGCACACUUGUCAGUAGUACAGCUGAUACAUGCGGCCGGCGGAGGGUAUGCGUUGUCUUUUGCGCCACAGCGAUCCUCGCUUUAAGUUUGCGGCUUGUCCAACCCACCUUUCCCUAUUUGGUCUUGUCACACAUCUUGUCUGGCAUGGCAUCAUCAAUGCAACAUAGUGUUUUGGAAGCUUGGUAUGUUGCAGAGCAUCACACACAACUUCUCCCUUCCGAAUGGGUGGCACGAACAUUUGCCACAGGUGCCUUCUUAAAUGGUAUCGUGGCUAUUCUCGCAGGCAUGGUCGCCAAUGCUGUUGUAGAUACAUGGGGUCUUUGGGCACCUUUUGCAUUGGCAAUCAUGCUUUUGGCAAUAGCUGGUUCCAUGGUGAUGGCAACGUGGCAAGAAAAUUUCGGCAGAAGCAAGGGUGGUAGUAGUAUUCAAGUCAUGGAUACCCUGGUAGAGGGGUUGCACGUAUUGUGGAAUGAUUCCAACAUCCUGAUACUCGGUGCAGCGCAGACCGUUUUUGAAUGUGCCAUGUACAUCUUUGUACUUUUGUACACACCAGCUAUCGAGAAUGUACACGCUUUUCUUCUUGAACAAGGUCACCAGCAUCAUGAUCUGCCUUUGGGGUAUCUCUUUUCGACAAUGAUGUUUGCCAUUAUGGUGGGAUCCUUGACUUUCCAAAAGCUUGAAAGAAGGCCGAUGUUUGCUAAUCACAAGGAGCGCCUAUUGAUACCCGCACUUGGAUGUGCAAGUAUAUCAUUCGCAGUGAUGGCAUAUGAUCACGCUACCUCGCUUCCGAUACUUCUCGUGGCGUAUCACAUAUUUGAAUUCACGACGGGGUUAUUUCAUCCGUCGCUUUCAUCACUGAAGGCUGAUGUGAUCCCCGAAGAGACACGUGCCGUGGUGAUGACAAUGUUAAGGAUCCCUAUGAAUAUUGGAGUUGGCCUUGCAAUGUGGCAUGCUGAUACGGUGCCUAUUGACUAUCAUUUCGCCAUCUGUGCGCUGAUAACCCUAUUUGGAUGUAUCCUGGUUGGUGCAUGUUAUCAACCACCCAAGACAACAACAAUUGCAUGA